AGCAAAUCCGUAGCCAUUUUGGCUCAAGUUUUGGCUCAAGGCUCUGAGGCCCAAGGGCAUUUGAUUGCUUCUGGGACGCUUAUGCAAAAGGCACCCGCAGAAAUGGCAGGGGAAUCAGUUGAGGGUCAUUCGCCUUGCGAAGCUGGCAGAGCCCAGAGAGCUGUAACAAGCUUCCGGCAAACUUUUUCCACGUUUCCAGAGGAGUUGCGAAUUUUGAUGCAAUCACGCGAAUUCCUUCAGCCGCCUACUAGUUCACGAGCUUGCCGCGCACAUGAGGCGGAUCCCAGGCUUGAGGACAGACUGAAAGAGCUAAAGUCCAUGGAAGAGAGCCUGGGCGAGCAAAGCUUCCGAGGCCAGUACGCUGUGUGUCGAGGUGCAGGCGACGAUCCCGAGACAUUCAUCGCCAAGGUGGACGCAGCUCUUAUCUAUUACAGGAAGUCCAAACUGGAGCUUCGACGCGAGGCAGGUCAGAAGCAAGAGCAGGCGGGUUGCGUUAUGGAUACCUUCAACAUUGUGGUAAUUGGAGGGGGACCAACGGGCCUUUUGUGCGCUAUUGAGGCAGCCAUUUUGGGGCACCACGUGGACGUUGUCGAGACCCGCCCGAGCGCUGUUCGGGCUCGUGCCGUUGGCUUGUAUCCCGAGACAAUGGUCACGCUCGCCCGGCUUGGAGCUCCAGCAGAGAUGUUCAAUGACAACUUACUCUGGUGUGACAAGGCAGGCGCCACGAUCUUCGAUCUGGAGUUCUUUCUGUCCCAAAUUGCACUCAAACUUGGCGUCACCAUUUACCGGAAUGCCACAGCUGUCGUUACCGAUUCGAUUUCCCAGGGAGUCUUGCAGGUGAGGCGUCGUUUGGCAAGCGGUAGGACUGUGCAUGCUGAGGGUGACGAGCUCGGUCUGGUGCGACUCCGCCAUUCGACCCAGCAGGUCUUGGCAAUUGAGUCGUUUGAGCUGAGCUUCGACAAGAUUGUCAAUUGCGAAGGGAGCACCAAGCGUGACUUCUCAGAGGCCCUUGUUGGCGACAAAGGUAAUGCUUCUGCCUCUAUGAUGGCAACUGCGGCAGAUACCUUGGAGGUGGUUGGCAUGGACCGCCAGGCAUACUUGACAGGGUGGGACAGUCACAUUGACAAGGUGAUCAAUGAGGUGGAUUGGAUAGGCUUCACCGAAGCUCUACGUGAUGGUUCAGUACCUUGCGAAGUACAAUGCUUCGUAUGCAACAUGCCGCGGCAGGUGUUCAGAAUGGGCCCUCGAGAUGAUGGCCUGGGCGACUAUGAGGUACCACAUCUCAUGGCAAGUUGUCCAGUCGAUUGGAUUGCGGUCCCUGUGCCGCCAAACCAGUCGAAAAGUUUCAAGAUUCGUGGGGCAAUGCAAGCUGACCCGACUUCGAAAGGUCAAUUAUAUUCUGUGGCCAGCUCAACCAAGGAUGCCAAAGAUGAAUAUUCCAAGGGUCUUGCGGCUUCUUUUGGUUUGGAGGACAAGCUCAUCGAACGUAUACAAUUUGAAGGAAUGUUCCUUGGUAGCGCAAAUCAUAUCUUGAACAACAAAAAGCCAUUUGAAGUCUUUACGGCUCUUUUGAGAGCUCUCGACGUCAUCGAUGAUGUAGACGAUCGUGGUCUCUCGCAGUUCAUGUCUCAAGAGAACGGCUUUGACAGCCCAGCUCAAAACGCGAUGGGUGUUUUCAAGGCAGCCCCAGUAGCCCUGCGCACGGAGCAUGUCAUCCCUAACUUGUCCGAGGAGAAACGUCAAUUUGCACAAUUGGCGCACGGAUUUGUACCUUGCUCGAAACAUCGUGAUCAUAUCGAGUACUUCAUCCUUGGGGAUUCAUUACAUUCAGCUUGGUAUCGUUGGGGUGUUGGCUUGCUGGAUGCCGCGCACAGCGCCAAAGUAUUCGGUCAGAGCCUGCUCGAGCACAGCUUUGAAGGCCGGUCAAAGUGCAUGCGGGCGCUUGAGAGUCGGAUGGCAAAGCGUGCGGUGCAUACCAUGGCUUAUUUCUAUCAUUUUAAUUCUCGCCUUGCUGAGGACCAUCGCAUGCUGCGCUUCGUGAAGGAGUUAGAUUCUAAGCAAAGUGCUGAAGUCUUGUGUCCCGCCGUACCACCAGUCUUGGGCGUUUCACCCCAAAGUGCGGUCCAUCACGUGGUUGAAUUAUCUGACAGCUUAAAGCGCAACCGCCUUCGACGCCAGCGACCACAACGACGACGCUUCCUCAGUUGACCACGUGCGGGAUGGCAUCCCAGUGCGAGGCAGUCACAUGCCUGCCACAGACCACCACCAUGCACACAGGCUUUACAGGGCUGAGCUUGAUCCGAAGUUCAGGGCCUGGCAUGACAACAUGUAGUGCAGUUGCUUUGCCAGAAGAUGCGGGGCACAAUUACCAGAAUUUCAGGCGGGGGCGUCCCCUGACCACGAAGCUUGCGGACCGCGUACAGUGGCGAGCUCUUGGCUUCUAGGCACCGGGCCUUGUCCCUGAUGCACGCCGCAGGACCAGGAAGAAACAUGUUGCCUCGAAGCACAUCGGAAAAAA